GCGGAGACUUCCGGAAGGCCUAGGAGUCAUGGGUGAGGCCUGACGGAACGACGGCGUUGAUUUAAAAGCGAGAGGAAAACAACAAAGUUAACAACAAUAAACAACAACAACAAAACACUCGGCCAGCGGUGUGACGGACAAGAACAACACGACGGGAGCGGAGAAUGGCGCGCGACUCCAGACACCACCGCAAACGUUCUCGGUCUUCGUCUCGCGGGAGGUCGCCAGCCGAGAAGCGCUCCAAGGCCGCCGAGAGUCGUGACAAGAAACGCGAUCGGGAGCGUGACCGCCGACGCACCGAGACCCAGCGCACGAGGCGUUCAAGCAGGGAGCGACGACGCUCACACAGCCGGGAGCGCCGCUCCCGUCGCUCCCGCUCGAGGGAGCGCAAACGCUCCCGCACACGCAGCCGCAGCAAGGAACGCAAGCGUUCCAAGUCCAAAGAAAAGAAAGAGAAACCUGAACCAGAAGAAAAGGAGAAGCCCAAAGAAGAAGAGAAGGAUGCUGCCAGCUUUGAGCAGGGCAAGCUGGAAGUGGAGAUGAGGAAGAGGAAGGAACGCAUUGAAAAAUGGCGUGAAGAGCAGAAGAAGAAGGCGCACAUCAACAUUGGCGACAUCAAGACGCAGGUGGAGCUCAUGUCCAAACAGCGGAAGAAGUGGAGCCUGGAGGAUGAUGACGAGGACGAUGAUGAGGGUGAGGAUGAGGACGAGGAUUCUGCCGACAAGGAGGAGGAUGACGAUGAGGAGCCAAAACUGAAGGUCGAGGAGAAGGAGGAGAUGGUGCAAGAGGUGGUGGUGCCGGUGCCGGAGCCGGCCAAGCCCGAGCAGCACAUGGCGAGUAUUCAGGCUGUCGUCGACGAUGACGACGACGAUGGCGUGGACCCCCUGGACGCUUUCAUGGAGGGCAUCAAGGAGGAGGUGAAGAAGUUCAACAUGGGCGACGCAAAGACGGGCGAGAAGAAGGCGGGCUCCUCGGUUACGAAGGUGGUCACGGUGGUCACCAAAAAGCAGUCGGAGGUAGAGAAGCCCAAAGGGGAGCUGAUGGAGAAUGACCAGGAUGCCAUGGAGUACUCAUCCGAAGAGGAGGACUCGGACCUGGCCACGGCGCUCACCGGAUACAAUCAGAACAAGCAGCGCAAGAUGGUGGAGGUGGUGGACCACUCCAAGAUUGCGUACGAGCCCUUCCGCCGAAACUUCUACGUCGAGGUUCCCGAGCUGGCCAAGAUGACAGCAGAAGAGGUGAGCGCUUACAGGCUGGAGAUGGAAGGCGUCAUUGUGAAGGGCAAGGGUUGCCCCAAACCAAUAAAGACCUGGGUGCAGUGUGGCAUCUCCAUGAAGAUUCUCAACACCCUCAAGAAGCAAAACUACGAGAAGCCCACACCCAUCCAGGCACAGGCCAUUCCGGCCAUCAUGUCUGGCCGCGACCUCAUAGGCAUUGCCAAGACGGGCAGCGGAAAGACCAUCGGCUUCCUGCUGCCCAUGUUCCGGCACGUCAUGGACCAGCGGCCUCUGGAGGAAGGGGAGGGGCCCAUCGGCGUGAUUAUGACGCCAACGCGCGAGCUGGCUCUGCAGAUCGCCAAGGAGUGCAGGAAGUUCACCAAGCAGUUGGCGCUGCGCGUGGUGUGCGUGUACGGUGGCACGGGCAUCAGUGAACAGAUCGCUGAAUUGAAGAGGGGAGCAGAAAUCAUCGUGUGCACGCCCGGCCGGAUGAUCGACAUGCUGGCUGCAAACAGCGGGCGGGUGACGAACUUCAGGAGGGCCACAUACAUGGUUCUUGACGAGGCCGACCGCAUGUUCGACAUGGGCUUCGAGCCACAGGUAAUGCGAAUCAUCGAGACGUCGAGGCCGGACCGGCAGACGGUGAUGUUCUCGGCCACGUUUCCACGCGCCAUGGAGGCGCUCGCUCGCCGCAUCCUCAACAAGCCCGUCGAGGUGCAGGUCGGAGGUCGCUCUGUCGUCUGCUCCGACGUCGAGCAGCACGUGAUCGUGAUCGAGGAGGACACCAAGUUCUACAAGCUGCUGGAGCUGCUGGGCCUGUACCAGGAGAAGGGGGCUGUCAUCGUGUUUGUGGAUAAGCAGGAGCAUGCCGACUCACUGCUCAAGGACCUCAUGAAGGCGUCCUACCCUUGCUUGUCACUGCAUGGAGGCAUCGACCAGUACGACCGUGACAGCAUCAUCAACGACUUCAAGUCGGGCGUGUGCCGCCUGAUGGUUGCCACGUCGGUGGCGGCUAGGGGCCUCGACGUCAAGCAUCUGAUCAUGGUGGUCAACUACGACUGCCCCAACCACUACGAGGACUACGUGCACCGCGUGGGCCGCACGGGCCGCGCCGGCAACAAGGGAUACUCGUACACGUUCAUCACGAGUGAGCAGGAGCGAUACUCGGGGGACAUCAUCAAAGCCCUGGAGCUGUCCGGCACGCCCCUCCCGCCCGACCUCGAGAAGCUUUGGACCGAUUUCAGGGAGAAGCAGAAGGCCGAGGGCAAAACGAUGAGGAAGAGCAGCGGCUUCUCGGGCAAGGGCUUCAAGUUUGACGAGACGGAGCACUCACUCGUCAACGAGCGCAAGAAGCUGCAAAAGGUGGCGCUGGGGAUGCACGACUCGGACGAGGAGGAGGGGUCCGGAGACAUCGACCAGCAGAUCGAGAACAUGUUCCGCUCGAAGAAGAUCGUGAAGGACGUGAAUGCGCACGGAGCGUCCUCCACCGGCAUAAUGAUGCCAUCCGGGAGCAACGCUCAGAAGCUGGAGAUCGCCAAGAGGCUCGCGUCCAAGAUCAACUCCCAGCGCAACCUCGGCACAGAGGCCAUGGACGUGAUCCAGCAGGCGACCAACAGCAUCAUGCGAGGCGGCACCAUGAACGUGCCCAUGGUGUCGGCCAAGUCGAUCGCCGAACAGCUGGCGGAGAAGAUCAACGCCAAGCUCAACUACGUGCCCGCCGAGAAGCUGCUGGAGGAGGAGCGCGUGGAGCAGGAGAAGCAGGCGGACAAGGUGCGGCGCUACGAGGAGGAGCUCGAGAUCAACGACUUCCCGCAGACGGCUCGCUGGAAGGUGACCUCAAAGGAGGCGUUGGCGCAGAUCAGCGAAUACUCGGAGGCCGCCAUCACAAUCCGUGGCUCCUACUUUGCUCCGGGCAAAGAGCCGACUGACGGAGAACGCAAGAUCUACCUGGCCAUUGAGAGCACCAGCGAGUUGUCUGUGCAGAAGGCCAAGGCUGAGGUCACUCGUCUCAUCAAGGAUGAGCUCAUCAGGCUGCAAAACUCGUACCAGCCGAUCAACAAGUCACGCUACAAGGUUCUGUGAGCCGAGCGGAGAAACCGACUUCGGGCGACGCUGGAGCCGGUUUUUCAGUGGAAGGUGGCGCGUGCGUGGGCCCUGCGACGCUCUCACGUCGCGUUGGCGCCUGCGGGAUUUUAUAUAUCGUUCUGUGCAGACGGGCACGUCAAGUGGGGUGUCUCUGCAGUGCGUCGGAUGUUCGUUCGCCCCAGGCAAUUUUGGUCGACGUCUUUUUAGUUAUAUCCAUUUGUGGAGGAUCCAUCCGUCGGCAUGCUUCUCUUGCCGUUUAUCUCGUACAAGUAGCUGGAAUGUCAUCACAUGGUAAAUUGCUUCAAAAAUAUGUUGUAUCACGUGUCAAAUAAAGUUUUUUUUCA